CGAGCUUAGAGACCCAGAUACAAAAGGAGCCCAAAGACCUGACCAUCCUGAGGAUAUAAACUGAGCUGAAAGACACAAACCUGCCCGGGACAUUGGGAUAAGGAUAUAAGUUGGACACAGUCUUGUGCUUGAGGACAACAACAGAUUUUGGAGUUUCUCAUUGGCUGGAGACCACCGACCCACAUAUUGCUGCCAGCUCCCAACUCCUAUACAUCAAGCGAUGCUGCCUGCCACCUUCAAGCUCUGUGCCGGAAUAUCCUACAGGCACCUGCGCAACAUGACAGGACUCAGAAGAACAGCCGCUGUGGCACUCACCCAUGAACUGGAAAAACUUGCCCUUGUGGGACCAGGGCCCGGCAAAUGGAUAAAUCAGAUUCGAAGGAAAAGCAUUUUAUUGAGUUCAAGGCUUGAAGAGAAAACCUUGAAUGACGUAGAGAUGUCGUAUAUCAAACAGGGUGAAGAGGCUUUAAAAAAGUCCUUGAACAUUCUGGGAGACCAAGAUGGAUGGAAGACUGAAAUUGUGAUGGAGAACGGAGAUAAGGUUCUAAGUAAAGUUCUCCCAGACAUCGGGAAGGUCUUCAAGUUGGAGGCAGUUGUGGAAAAGCCCCUGGACAACGUGUACGGAGAACUGGUGGACAACAUGGAAAAAAUGGGAGAGUGGAACCCAAAUGUCAAGGAAGUCAAGAUCCUGCAGAAGAUUGGGAAGGACACUAUGAUAACACACGAGAAAGCAGCAGAGACUCCCGGGAAUAUUGUAGGGGCCCGGGAUUUUGUCAGUGUGAGGUGCAGCAAGAGGAGAGGAUCCACCUGCAUCCUAGCUGGAAUGUCAACGAGAUUUGGUGGAAUGCCGGAACAGAAGGGAUUUGUUAGGGGAGAGAAUGGUCCCACCUGUAUGGUCCUACGGCCCCUGGCAGAAGACAUAUCUAAGACCAAAUUAACUUGGCUUCUCAGCAUUGACUUGAAGGGAUGGCUGCCAAAAUCAAUUAUCAACCAAGUUCUGUCUCAGACACAAGUGGAUUUUGCCAAACAUCUCCGAAGCAGAAUGACUUCUUCAAGCAACGCCCUGUCCCUCUGCUAAAAUCUACAUCGAAUGCUACUACUGAACUCCCCAAUAGUAUAUUCCCUAUAUUGUGGGCUGUGCCAUGGACAUCUGUCUCUGAACAACAAGGUGACCUAUAUUUACUCAGAACAUCUUCAGGAUUCUGGACCACGUAGGGACACUUCAAAGCACCAUAAAUCUCAUGUAGAAUAUGAUUCAAUUUGAUUAUCUGUUGCAAAAAGCAAAACACACUGUUAAUAUCCUGGGAUGACUUGGCAACCUAUUCAUGUUACGUUGGAGCCCACCACAGUGGAGAGAAGCAAAAGUUAGAACUGCUGUCUCUAGUUAGCCUACAGAGAUGUUCUGCUGAAGACAACUGCAGGGUUGUUUUUCAAAAUAUAGGCUGCAAAAAACUGCAUGUUGGGUAAAUUCACUGGUCUGCUUUAAAGCCUUGGUGAACUCCAAACAGAUGCAUCCAUACUCACAAAGGGAUCUCUCGUCAUUCCAAGAGCAGAGCAAUUGAAGAUAGCUUUGAACUUAACUUUUAAUUGGACUUCAUUUAUAUAUGAUUUCUAAAUUAUCUGCCCUCUUCUUCUGCUACUUGGUACAUUAUCCCUUAUAAAACUCAGAAUUAUAAUCCCUGUAUUCCCUGUAUAACUCAGCCUUCAGCCUUGUGCCUUUAUAUGGUCAAAGAACACCUCAGCGGGUUCUAAUAUCCUUAUAAUAUACAGUCGGGGGUUACAUUAUCUCUUAUAAUACAUGAGUGAUACUCAGAGUCCCCUGUAUAACGCAGCCUGCAGCCUUGUGCCUUUAUAUGGUCAUAGAACACCUCAGCGGGUUCUAAUAUCCUUAUAAUAUACAGUCGGGGGGUACAUUAUCUCUUAUAAUACAUGAGUGAUACUCAGAGUCCCCUGUAUAACUCAGCCUGCAGCCUUGUGCCUUUAUAUGGUCAUAGAACCCCUCAAUGACUUCUAAUAUCCUUAUCAUUUACAGUAGGGGAAUUCCUGGAAAAAAGUUACUGAAGAUACUUUUUUGAAAUUUACAGAAUGUUCUGCUUUGGCUUUUGUACUUAAAUGAAUUUAUAUGUAUUCCAUUAUUAACAUUCAAAUAACGUUACAAAUAGAACGGAGUUUUGUAUUUGCGCUGUGAUAUUUAUGGAGUGAUUUGAAAAGUAUUUAUUCAUGACCAAAGUCUUGCCUGAAUUAAUGUUAUUUUGUGUUAUUUAUUAUUUAUUCUGCCUAAAAUAAUAAUAAUAAUGUAAUUUAUUUGUGUGAAUAAGUUAUUCAAUUGAUUUAUUUCUUCUCGUUAAACUUUAGAGCUGAUGUGCAAAAGACACAGCAUAUUGGCAACAGCUAUUUAUAAUGAUGCAGAGUAUUUACUAGGUCCAAAUAAUAAAUAAACCAUAAUAAACAAUAAAGUUAUUAUAUUUAUACUUAUUAUGAAGAUUCUACUCUAUGAUUAUUACUCUCUCUAUAUAAUAAUCAGGCUGCUGUGUAUAAUGAUGCUGAGUAUCUCUAUACACUGAUAAUAACCAGGCUGCUGUGUAUAAUGAUACUGAGUAUCUCUAUACACUGAUAAUGACCAGGCUGCUGUGUAUAAUGAUGCUGAGUAUCUCUAUACACUGAUAAUGACCAGGCUGCUCUGUAUAAUGAUGCUGAGUAUCUCUAUACACUGAUAAUGACCAGGCUGCUCUGUAUAAUGAUGUUGAGUAUCUCUAUACAAUGAUAAUGACCAGGCUACUGUGUAUAAUGAUGCUGAGUAUCUCUAUACACUGAUAAUGACCAGGCUGCUGUGUAUAAUGAUGCUGAGUAUCUCUAUACACUGAUAAUGACCAGGCUGCUCUGUAUAAUGAUGCUGAGUAUCUCUAUACACUGAUAAUGACCAGGCUGCUGUGUAUAAUGAUGCUGAGUAUUUCUAUACACUGAUAAUGACCAGGCUGCUGUGUAUAAUGAUGCUGAGUAUCUCUAUACACUGAUAAUGACCAGGCUGCUGUGUAUAAUGAUGCUGAGUAUUGAAGAUCAAGGCAGGCAGAGCAGACAGAGGUGGGUCCAUAUGUUUAUUAUACAGUUUGUUAUACAUGGUACUGAUCAUUAACCCAAAAUCUACUUAAGGGAAUCCCUAGCACCCAGAAUGUAAUUUCUGACAUGUUUUUCUAGUUCUGCCCAGUAAAUAUUUGUAUGAAAAAGCUAUUGAAAUAAACAGUGGUUCUGCAGUG